UUUUUAUUCUCGGCCCAAAUAUCACAUUGUUUGGGCCCAAAACUUAGACCUACCAAAAUCCCCAAUUCGUACACCAGACGGAGUGAACGUAAAACCUGGUCUCCUUGUUCAAUUCCGUUUCUCUCUCUCGCCGGAAUAUAUCUCUCCUACUUCAUCUCCUUAUCGUCCGCCACCGUCACAUACUUACUGAUAAGGAAGAUGCCAGACGUCCAAUCAAUGGUGGCGGAGUUUGUAAACAAGCUCAGGAAGCGUAAGAUUGAAGGCUCACAGGCUACAGCCAAAUGCACUGUAGAGCUUCUUAGGUCAGUGAUUUCGCAUCAGCGGGUGCCUCACGCAAACCAGGCCGCUGCUCUUAUUGAUGCUGUGAAAGCCGUUGGUCAGCAAUUGGUUGCUGCAAAUCCAGUUGAGCUUGCGGUGGGGAAUGUAGUUAGACGGGUUUUGCAUAUUAUAAGGGAGGAGGAUCUUUCUCUCACUACAGCAGCUAUGGCUGGUUUGGACUUGUUGGAUGCAAGUGAUGAUGAUGAUAUAGAUAAUUGCAAAGGAAUUGGGUAUCCUGCAAUGUCUGCCGCAGUUGUUGCAGCUGCAGCUAGGAGUACGUUACGCCCUCCGUCUUUGCAAACCUUACUCGAGGGCACUCCUGAAUCUGCAACUGUCCCAUACACAUCAUCAUCCGGUGCUGAUUCCGAAAGCAAAAGUAAAUCUGCCGAUAAAAGUUCAUUAACUCGGAAGCUGAAGCAUGAUGUUAUCGAAGGAGUGAAUCAACUUAUUCAGGAGAUUUCUGGUUGUCAUGAGCAGAUCGCUGAACAAGCUAUUGAGCAUAUACAUCAAAAAGAAGGAAGUUGUUCACCAAACGCUGUUAGUUACUCUAUUUUGAUUCACGGGUUAUGUGAAGUAGGGAGACUUGAAGAAGCCUUUGGGUUCAAAGAUCAAAUGGGUGAGAAAGGUUGCCAUCCAAGCACACGUACUUAUACUGUGCUUAUUAAAGCCUUGUGCGAUAGAGGUUUGAUUGAUAAAGCUUUUAACUUGCUUGAUGAGAUGACUGCUAGAGGGUGCAAACCAAACGCUCACACUUACACCGUUUUGAUUGAUGGGUUGUGUAGAGACGGAAAGGUUGAAGAGGCUAAUGGUGUUUUUCGAAAUAUGGUUAUAGACGGGAUAUUUCCUAGUGUAGUAACUUACAAUGCGUUGAUUAAUGGCUACUGCAAAGAUGGACGGGUUGUUCCCGCGUUUGAACUUUUUGCUGUAAUGGAGAAGAGGGCUUGCAAACCAAAUGUAAGAACUUUCAACGAGCUUAUGGAAGGGUUGUGCAGAGUUGGGAAACCAUACAAGGCCGUGCAUCUUAUGAAGAGAAUGCUUGACAAUGGUCUGUCACCUGACAUUGUGAGCUAUAAUGUUUUGAUCGAUGGGCUUUGUAGAGAAGGUCAUAUGACUGUGGCUUACAAGCUACUUAACUUGAUGAACUCUUUUGAUCUUGAGCCUGAUUAUCUUACAUAUACCGCUAUAAUCAAUGCUCUCUGCAAACAUGGGAAGGCUGACGUAGCUAGUGCGUUCUUAUGUGUGAUGCUUAGAAAAGGAAUAAACCUUGAUGAAGUUACUGGUACAACUCUUAUUGAUGGUUUUUGUAAAGUCGGUGAAACCCGGAACGCAUUGUAUAUCCUGGAGACAUUGGUUCAGUUGAGAAUAUUGACUACUCCUCACUCCCUGAAUGUGCUUCUUGAUAUGCUCAGUAAAGGUUGUAAAGUGAAAGAGGAAUUAGCAGUGCUCGGGAAAAUUAAUAAGCUUGGUUUAGUUCCUUCAGUGGUGAGUUAUACAACAUUGGUUGACGGGUUGAUUCGAUCAGGUGAUAUAAGUGGUUCCUUCAGGAUGGUAGAACUGAUGAAGUUAAGUGGUUGUUUGCCAAAUGUCUAUCCAUACACAAUCAUCAUCAACGGUCUUUGUCAACUAGGAAGAGUCGAGGAAGCAGAGAAGCUUCUUUCUGCUAUGCAAGAUUCAGGAAUUUCACCAAACCAUGUUACUUAUACUGUUUUGGUGAAAGGAUAUGUUGAUAAUGGAAGACUAGAUUGUGCUAUCGAAACCGUGAGGACAAUGGUUGAAAGAGGAUAUGAACUAAAUGAUCGUAUCUAUUCUUCUUUGUUACGGGGAUAUGUCUUAUCUCAAAAGGGUAUCCAUAUUUCAGAUGAGAGUAGUGUUUCAGAUACUGCUCUGAGAGAAACCGAUCCUGAAUGUAUCAACGAACUCAUAUCUGUGGUUGAAAAACUUGGCGGGUCUACCAGCGGAUUAUGUAUUUUCUUGGUCACACGGUUAUGCAAAGAGGGAAGAACGGAUGAGUCCAACGAUCUAGUCCAAACUACACUCAAGAACGGUGUAUUUCUUGAGAAGGCCGUCGACAUCAUCAUGGAAUCAUACUGCAGCAAGAAGAAACACAUCAAAUGUCUGGAGCUGAUAACAGUUCUUCUCGAAUCCGGGUAUGUCCCGAGUUUCAAAUCCUUCUGCCAAGUGAUUCAAGGUCUGAAGAAGGAAGGAGAUACCGAGCGGGCACGUGAGCUCGUAACGGAGCUUCUUACCGCAAAUGGAGUUGUAGAGAAAGCUGAGGUGUUGGCUUAUGUAGAAUGUCUCAUGGAAGGAGAUGAAACUGGUGAUUGCAGUGAAGUAAUAAAUCUGGUUGAUCAAUUGCACUGCAGAGAAAGACCCACCUUCUAAUAUCAUUAUUACUCUUUUAGCUUUUGUAUAGCUUCCUUAUUUCUUCUUUCUUCAAAGAACUAGAGACAAAACCCAUAUAUAUAUAAAGGUCGGGUAACUUUUUUUAAAAAAAAGGAGACAGAGAAGAACAUUACAGAUAUAAAUACAGAAAGAGAAGGUAUAUA